CCGAAUCUUUUUUUUCUAAAUUUCAAUCGAUUACCGCGUACUAUUGUGCUUGAACUGCUCGUGCGCACGGUUCAUCUGUAUUACGCUACAACUAUGCGUUAACUUGACAGUAAAGUUUCUGGCGUACUGCUGGUUGGGCGUUUGUUGUUAUUUGUUGUUUUACGGUUGUGUUUUCAAUUAUUUUCGAUAUUUCAAAAAAUUAUACCAUCAGUGCCAUAGCUUUAAUUGUAUUUAUACAUAUGUGUGUUCAUACCGUCUUUUUUACAUAAAGAGCAAUAAUUACCGUUUCUGUUAAGCAAUAUAUACAGGACCUUAAACCAAAAACAUUUACGUACAAGUUUUGUGUUAUUAUAAAAAAAAACUGUUAAAAUGUUUAACGGAAUCACUAGUCAGAUGAGUAGUUGGAUUGGUAAAAAGCAAGAGGAUGUAGAAGAAACUGUACCAUCGCCAAAGACUGAACAGCCUGAGGAGUAUAUUGAAAAAAAAGAAGAUUUAAGUCCAACAAAACCGCCUAGUAAACUAGAGUUGUUGGGUAAUGUGAAAAAUCAAAUGUCCAGUUGGUUAGGAAGUGGUAUAUCUGGUUUGCGUAAAAGUGACAGCGAAGUUGUCCCAGACCCCCCAGCAGAACUUUUACAAGAAGCUGCCAAAGAGAGUUUUAAAGAGAAAGAAGAUGAUAACUCCAGUGCCACUGGAGAUCCAGAUACUCCUAUUUCAGAAGGAGAGGAUGAUUUGGGCAAUACUCAAGGAGGAAAUGUAUCAACUAAAGCUUUACAAGGAGCAAAAUCAAUAGGGAGCUUCUUGUAUAGUGCUGUGAAUAAAGCAGGAAAAACAGUCAGUGAAGCAGGAGCUAAAAUCAAGAAAACUGUUGGAGAAAAUGGUAUACUUGGGGAAUUAAACAAAGAACAAGAGUCAUUUUUAAAGGAUAAAAAAGAUAGCGAUGUUGCUGCUGUUCCACCCUGGAUUGGUCAUCCUAAUGAAGAAGCUGUUAAAGCUGAAUGUCUUGCACUAUCUACAGAUAAGCGUAAUUUUGUACGCAGUCCUCCAAUAGGUGUAGAUUUCAGUUUCAAUUAUGAAACUUCAUAUCCUGUUGCUUUGGCAAUUUUAGCCGAAGAUCCAAACUUAGAGAAAAUGCGAUUUGAUCUUGUUCCCAAAAUAAUAAAUGAAGAAAGUUUUUGGCAAAACUAUUUCUACAGAGUCAAUUUAAUUUGCAAUGCAAGCAAUUUGGAAUCACUAGAAACAUCAGAUUACAAAACAGCAUCACCAAAUGUCAAUUCUGAUUUGACAGACACCACGAAAAAUGACAUUUAUAUGAAAGAAUCAGAGUUUGUAUCCGACACAUUUGCAGAACAUGAUACAAAUGAAAUAAAUGAAAUAAGGAAGAGUUUGAAAGAAAGUUUGGGCGUUGAGUCUUCAGAAAAUGCUUGAAACGAUGUCAACAAAUUGCAACUACAAGACGACUUUCUUUAAGCGUUUCGCUUCCAUUCCCCCAAAAGCGUAUUUUCUCUUCUAUUGGCUUUUCCUAUAUCCUUAUUGUGCAAUAUUAAUUUAUACCUAUAAGAUCUAUAAAUAUUUUUCCUAUCCUUGUGUGUUUAUUAAAAAUUUUCGGAUCCGGUUUGUAGAAGAACAUUGGGAAAAUGAAUUGGAGGCAGAACUACAAGAGUACGAGAUUGUCAAGAACAAUGAUAAUGGCCAAACAGACAAUACAAAAACUGG